AUGCACAAAAAAACACAAGCAGGAUGUGAGGAAAUUGUCUGUGAUGUCAUAAAUACCUGUUUUAUUCAAGCCAAUGCUAAAUAUAUUGCCAGAAACUAUCUAAAAAAUUCAAGACAAUGGUCUCUCUGGGCUCAGCAGCAUUUACCACUUCUUCUUCAAAUUACUUCUACUAACCCUUUAGAGUCUUAUCACAAACUCAACAAAAAAAAAAUGAUGGCUGCAAAAGAAACUGCUAUCAACUUUCGUACCAAAAGAAUUUCUCUUGCUAAUAUUAGGCCAGAAAUCCUUACUGAGAAACUUAUCGCAGAAGAAGUACAUACUGUCUCAAAAAGGCUGGAAAAGAGAAAGUGUGCACCAAACUUUGCAAGUACAAAAUGCUCAUAUAGAUUCUUCAAUCGGUAUAUGUUACUGUGUUGUCAUAUUUUUCACGAACAACUUUGUGGUUCCAAUAUUUUAACACCAGAAGCAUGGAAUAACUUUCAAAGAACAUUCAAAGAGAGUGGCAUGGAAGUAUAUCAAACCUGCAGUAUUGUAGAAGUACCUGUAAUUCAGAAUUCAGCUGAAAAAAAGGCAGCUGAAAAAAGUCAAUCAAGAAUGAAUGAAUUGUUUGAAAGAACCCAAGACUGCUACUAUAAAUUGGCAGAGGAAAGCAUAGAUGAAGCAUCAUGA